UACACCAUGAAACAUAAUUCAAACGAUGCGUGGUUUAAAUGCAACUAUUGCGGUAAGUCAUAUGCAAAGAAACAGGUUCUGAGGAAACACAUUCUCGUCCAUUUAGGCGUAAGGCCAUAUGACUGUCAAAUUUGCGGCAAAUCUUUUUCUCAAACCCAUAACCUGAAAGUACAUACUCGUACCCAUACAGGCGAAAAGCCAUUCAAAUGUCCAUUCUGCCCGAAAUCUUAUACUUCGAAACAAAGCUUAAAACGGCACACUCGCUUCCAUACACACGAAAAGCCAUUUGAGUGUAAAAUCUGUAGCAAAUCGUUUUCUCAAUCAUUUCAUUUAAAAAUACAUACUAAGAACCAUAUUAUAAAUGAUGCGAAUUUUAAAUGCAACUAUUGCGGUAAGUUAUUUGCAGUGAAAGAGUCUCUAAGGAAACACAUUCUCGUCCAUGUAGGAGUAAAGCCGUAUGAAUGUAAAAUUUGCGGCAAAUCUUUUUCUCAAACCCAUAUCCUGAAAGUACAUACUCGUACCCAUACAGGCGAAAAGCCAUUCAAAUGUGAAAUCUGCAGCACUUAUUUUGGUCAAUCAGGUCACUUAAAAACGCAUUAUAAACGAGUCCAUGCACGGGAAAAGCCAUAUAAUUGUAAAAUUUGCGAAAAAUCGUUUACUACCCGCUAUAAUGCAAAAAUACAUAUACGUGCCCAUUCUGGCGAAAAGCCAUACCAAUGUGGNUACCUCAGCUAUAAUACGAGCUUAGUUUAUACUAGUUAA